CACGAUAAACACACGUUAAGGCAGACCAAACAAAGAGAGAGAAAGAAAAGGGCGAAAGAAUCGGAGAUAAAGGAAGACAACGAAAAAAAGUCGCCUAAUUGAAGACGCGCGCGAAGCGGUUUUGGGGGGAAUUCUCUGUAACGGCGUUUCCUUUUCAGACAGAGAGAUUGAGAAAUUUUAGAAAGUUGAAGCGAAAAGCGGUUUUGCGAGGUGAAGCAGGGCGAUUUUGUAACGGUUAAAUCGGUUUUCGGUAACGGUAUUUGGAUCUCGCGAUCUUUACGGGGAGGCAAAGAGGAGGAAAAAAAAGUGUGCGGAAAGUGUAGUUUUUCUGGAAUCGAAGAGUCGAGCAGUUUAAUCGUGUUAAUUACCUUUGUUAAUAAUCUUAAUUAUUUCGUUUUAUUAUGGUGAUUAAGUGUGUACAAUAAGGUAUAUUAAGUGAAGGAUUAGAGCGGUUUGGAGGAUUUAAUUGUUUUUUUUGGAGGUUUUUGAAAAUUUCUGUUGCUGCUGCUUGUUGACUUGGAUAGUUAGAAAGAGUUCAAUGAUGGUGAAUAUGGGAGGGUCGCUUUCGCAGACCAAUAAUGUCUCCUCUGAAGGAAAUGGAGGGGAUGAUCUGUAUAUGGAAUUAUGGAAGUUAUGUGCGGGACCACUGGUUGAGAUUCCUCGAGCUAAUGAGAGAGUCUAUUAUUUUCCACAAGGACAUAUGGAACAGUUGGAAGCGUCCACGAAUCAGGAGUUGAAUCAGAGGAUUCCGUUGUUUAAUCUUCCGUCGAAGAUUCUUUGCCGUGUUGUUCAUAUUCAGUUGCUGGCUGAACAAGAAACAGAUGAAGUGUAUGCACAGAUAACUUUGUUACCGGAACCAAAUCAACCCAACCCUACAACUCCUGAUGCAUGCCCUCCUGAGUCUCAAAGACCUUCCAUCCAAUCAUUCUGCAAGGUUUUAACUGCCUCAGAUACAAGCACCCAUGGAGGGUUUUCUGUUCUUCGCAAACAUGCCACUGAAUGCCUUCCUCCAUUGGACAUGAACCAGGCAACGCCAACCCAGGAAUUGGUUGCCAAGGAUCUUCAUGGUUAUGAGUGGCGCUUUAAGCAUAUUUUCAGAGGCCAACCAAGGAGGCAUUUGCUCACAACUGGAUGGAGUACAUUUGUUACUUCAAAGAGAUUAGUUGCUGGUGAUUCCUUUGUGUUCCUGAGAGGGGAAAAUGGGGAGCUACGUGUUGGAGUGAGGCGUGUAGCUUGUCAACAGAGCAGCAUGCCGUCAUCAGUGAUUUCAAGUCAGAGCAUGCACUUAGGAGUGCUUGCAACUGCAUCUCAUGCCGUUUCAACACAAACCCUCUUCGUUGUUUACUAUAAGCCAAGGACGAGUCAGUUCAUCAUUGGGUUGAACAAAUAUUUAGAGGCUCUUAACAAUAAGUUUGCAGUUGGCAUGAGAUUUAAGAUGAAGUUUGAAGGGGAGGAUUCUCCUGAGAGAAGGUUUUCUGGCACAAUUGUUGGGCUUGAAGACUUUUCUCCUCACUGGAAAGAUUCAAAAUGGCGAUCAUUGAAGGUACAAUGGGAUGAGCCUGCCUCUAUUCCAAGACCUGACAGGGUUUCACCAUGGGAGAUAGAACCCUUUGCUGCUCCGGUUCCACCUACUCUGUCUCAACCUGUUCCAGCUAAGAACAAAAGGCCUCGACCACCUGAAAUUCCUGCUCUAGAUCUAACUUCAACAGCAUCAGCUCUUCGGAAUUCUGGAGUGCUGCAUUCCCAUGAUCCAACAAGGCGUAACAUUACUGCCGAAGCAAAAAGAAAUGAAAAUCAUGUCAUGUGGCAUCACAAGCAGACUGAGAUAAACAGCAGUUGCAGCUCUGUCUUGAAGACUCAGAAUGAAGGAAGCUGGAUAUCUUCUCCUGGCAUGAGUGCUUCUCAGCAUCUGUAUCCUGAUGCAAGAGAGGAUAGCAAAAGCGUAUCUGGUUGGCCUAUUCUUUCUGGCUUUUCAAACCCUCAACUGAACAAUGAUUCAACCUUUGAUCCAAUUGAAAAGGUAAAGAAAUCUGAGACAGCUGCUAGUUGUCGAUUGUUCGGCAUUGAGCUUAUAAACCACUCUGCAAGCUCAACUCCAUUGGAGAGGACACCUACACAACUUGCUACUAUGACUGCUGGUACAACUGAAGGACGUGGCUUGAGUACCCUGUCACCCACUGAUUCUGACCAGAAGUCUGACAUUUCAAAAGAUUCUAAAGAGAAGCAACAGGAACAGUUACAGGUAUCGGCAAAAGAGAUCCACAGCAGGCAAAGUUGUUCUAAUUCUACAAGAAGUUGUACCAAGGUUCAGAUGCAGGGGCUCGCUGUUGGUCGUGCCGUGGACUUGGGCAUGUUGGAAGGGUACAAUCAGCUUAUAGAUGAACUAGAGGAGAUGUUUAAUAUCAAGGGAGAGCUUCGCUGUAAGAAUAAGUGGGAGAUUGUCUACACUGAUGAUGAAGGGGAUAUGAUGCUUGUAGGCGAUGACCCAUGGCAGGAAUUUUGCAAUAUGGUACGAAGAAUAUUUAUAUGUUCAAGUCAGGAUGUGAAAAAGAUGAGUACAGGAAGCAAACUUCCUUUGGCUUCUAUUGAAGGUCAAGGGAUUGUGAUUAGCUCAGAGUCAGCUGAAAACUGAAAUAGGAACCUUUUUAUUUUUCUUUUCCCCAUUAUCGAUAACUGUUGUUUGUUUGUUUCCCGUAGGAGCUUUUUAUGUUACUUUUAAGCUGUGGAGUAUGUUAAAGUUGAGGGAAACUAAUCACUUGCUCGUUUUUUAGAGCUGCCUACCAUACGAGACGAAAAAGACAUUUCCUGGGUUUGAAGAACCAAGACUUCUUCGUGAAUUAGUUUGGGUUAGAGGCUAGGACUAGGAAACUGUGAAUACUUUUGAUCUUUGUGGUGGGUUGGGGGUUAUAAUAUUGGUUUCCUGUGCUUGUAAAUAUAAAAUGUGGUCUGCCAUUGUAAUCCUAAUUAGCAUCGCUGUUUUGGUUUUUAUCAAUCAAUAGUCCUUUGCAUUUAUAAAAUUCUUUGCCUUACUAGAAGGAUACCCUGGAUUAGAAUAUGAAGCCUGAUAGAAGCUUCUAGUUUGGUGAGUGAUCAUUGAGGAAUUGAUGUCAAUCGGAAGGCCAAGGCAGUCAAAUCCUUUGUAAAUGCGUUGCUUUGCGAAACUUCCAAUCUUUUCCUUUACAAUUUAAAACACGUUUGUCGAA